AUGUCAUCGAAGCCGGGCGCGACGGCCGCCGGUGCGGCGGGCGGGGAUGCGGCUGCAGCAAGUGGGUCAUGCAGCGUUGAAGGUCUGAAGUUGCCUAUAGGGCAGCACGGUGAGGGAAUUGUAGAGAAGACUGAAGGGGCGCAGGGCAGAGAUGACGCCUCGGAUGCCAGCUCCUUUGUGGGGGAGGGCCCAGGAGAAACUGCUGCGGCACCAUCCCCAAAAAAGAAGAAAUGGGGUAUCCCAUUGUCUGGCAUUAUCGACACACUGUUUCUUGGUCUGGGUGGACUUGGGGUGUACCACACCGUGCAGCAAAAAUACAUAGAGAAGAGAUCUGUGGAGUUCAUUGUUGGCCUGGUCUGGGGCGCAUGGUCAGGACUGCGAUUUGCCAGCAAAUACAAGAAGAACAAGAGGCGAAAGGACAGGGUGGGCAACAUCCUUGCUGUGGAGAUGGGCGAGAAGGGCAUCAUAGCCGUGACGCAGGGUGCCCCAUACUGGCUGACAUUGGAAGAGAACGAAAAGGUGGAGUGGCUGAAUGCAGUCAUCGAGCAGGCUUGGCCAUUCUACGAGGCAGCCAUAUGCAAACAGGUGGUUGCAACCGUGGAGCCCAUCCUGCAGAAGAGCAAGCCACCAUUCAUAUCCAAACUGUUUUUCAAGAAGAUGACAUUUGGGGGUGUUCCCUUCAAGCUCACCCAUAUGAAGACUGUCCGGGUGUCCAAGCGCGAGAUCGUGCUGGAAGCAGGGUUGAGGUGGGAUGGCACGGCACAGGUGGCCAUCGGUGUCGAUCUCUUUGGCACUCACAUUGCACCCAGUAUCACACGCAUCAAUUUCUUUGCCCAGGCUCGCAUCACAUUGGGACGUCUGUGUGACAAGAUCCCGGGCUUUGGUGUCAUGCUGGUCGCAUUUCAGGACCCGCCACUG